CUGGGUGCAUUCUCUCGCUCGCUGUUUCUUGGAGCAGCCAUGGGGAAGGUGAACGUGGCCAAGCUGCGCUACCUGUCACGGGACGACUUCAGGGUUCUGACCGCGGUCGAAAUGGGCAUGAAGAACCAUGAAAUAGUUCCUUGCAGUUUGAUUGCCUCCAUAGCCAGCCUUAAACAUGGUGGUUGUAAUAAGAUUUUGAGAGAACUGGCAAAACAUAAACUCUUAGCUUAUGAACGAACGAAAACUGUCCAAGGCUAUCGAUUGACAAAUGCAGGUUAUGAUUACCUCGCUUUGAAAGCGCUUUCUUCAAGACAGGUGGUUGACUCUGUUGGAAACCAGAUGGGUGUUGGCAAAGAAUCAGAUAUUUACAUUGUUGCAAAUGAAGAGGAAAAACAGUUUGCACUAAAGCUUCACAGACUAGGAAGGACUUCAUUCCGUAAUUUGAAAAACAAACGUGAUUACCACAAGCACAGACAUAAUAUGUCAUGGCUUUAUUUAUCCCGUUUGUCUGCCAUGAAGGAAUUUGCCUAUAUGAAGGCACUCUAUGAGAGGAAAUUCCCAGUUCCAAAACCAAUCGAUUAUAAUCGACAUGCAGUUGUCAUGGAACUCAUAAAUGGUUACCCUUUGUGCCAGGUACAUCAUAUUGAAGAUCCUGCAGCAGUGUAUAAUGAAGCGAUGGAACUAAUUAUUAAACUUGCUAAUCAUGGACUAAUUCAUGGUGAUUUCAAUGAAUUCAAUCUCAUGCUGGAUAAAGAUGACCACAUAACCAUGAUUGACUUCCCACAAAUGGUCUCAACAUCUCAUCCAAAUGCCGAAUGGUACUUUGACAGAGAUGUUAAAUGCAUCCGAGAUUUCUUCAUAAGACGUUUCAAUUAUGAAAGUGAACUUUAUCCAACCUUUGGAGAUAUCAGGAAGGAGGACUCUCUUGAUGUAGAAAUUUCUGCCAGUGGAUAUACAAAACAAAUGCAGGAAGAUGAUGAACUACUUCAUCCACUAGGUCCUGAUGAUGAGAGUCUUGAAAUAGAUGAAGGAUCUGAAUAUCCUUCAUCACUUGAAGAGAAGGUAAAGACUUCUGAGUUGGAAAAUGGAAGAAACUUCAUAGAUAAAUCGGAUGAUGAUUGUAAAAUGAACUCUUCUGAAGAACUGGUACAAAAGAAUACAGAUGUGCUGUCUGAGGAUGAGGGUGGUGCACAGUGUUUGGAAAUGACUGAAAUCAGUCAUUCAUUAGGAGAAAUUCAGGGAGAGAUUGUUGAAGGAAAGAAGAGAAGUUGCAUAAAGCAUUCUGCGACUGGUUUUCAUGAAGAGGAAGACAGCACUGAGAAUGUCACCAAGGGAGCAGAUCAAAUGCUUCGAGGAGAAGUUUCUGCUGAUUGUCAGGAAUAUGAAGAUGAAUGCCCUGAUCUGGUUAGCUUGUCAGCAUUAAACAAAGAACUCAGGCCUUUCAGGGAUGAAAACAUGGAACAAAUUAAUCACCAUAGAACAAGAACUGAGAGUGUAACUUCUGCAGGCAGUAUUGUAAGCUGUUCCACAGUUCCUCCGGAACUGGUGAAACAGAAGGUGAAACGUCAGUUGACCAAACAACAAAAAGCUAUAGUGAGACGAAGAUUACAAAAGGGAGAGGCAAAUAUUUACACCAAGCAAAGGAGAGAAAACGCCUACAACAUUAAGUCAAGCUUAGAAGCAGCUAGUUUUUGGGGAUAAUUAUUGGAACUUUUUUCUGAAAGUGUGGUUUAUAAUAUAUUGGGGGGAAAGUGUUAUCUUGAAGAUCCUAUUUUUCUGUAAUUUUGGUUAUGUAAAUGUGUGCAUAUGUAUAGCUGGCCAUUCUACCUUUUCUAACAGGAAACUAUUUUGAAGUAAUUGAUUUUUUCAAGAGAACACUUACCAAAAAUUUUUGCCAGUUUAAUGAAUGGAAACUUUUCUGAAAGUCAUUUGGAACAAUAUUACAUAUACUGAACUAUCAUAUUUGAGCCUUUGGUAACUAGAGUAUUUCAAUCCCGUGGAAAUUUGACAAAGAAAAUAUAUUCUAAAUACCCAACUGAAAUAUGCCCUUAGAGUAAUAGAAUCACUGACUCUUCAGAAUUCAUCUAGUCUGACCUGGACCUUUACAACAUCCCCAGCAAGUCAUUCAACCUCUACUUGAAGCCUACAAAUAAGUUUUGACAUAACCACAAAAACUUCUCAAGUUACUCUGUUUCUUUGAAAUUGUUUGCAAUUAUAGCCUUCUGUACAUGUGUGACUCAGGAAUAAGAGACAAUAGAAGUAUUGUCUGUCUUAUGUAUGUGGGACAAGAACCACAUCUCUGUAACUCGCAUGACAAAUACCUAGUAUUGACUAUAUCGUCAACGCCUAGUUAUUGAGUGCAUCUGUAAAAGGGUAGCAUUGGGCGUUUGGUAGCCUAACUUUAAGUGGAAAUAUCAGUCAAUAAACACCUACUCCAUGCCUGGCACUAUGCUAGGCACUGAGAAUUAUUGAGGGGAGGAAUCAUUGUGGAGAAGGGCUCACCUUCCUCAUCACUUCCACCAACAGCUGACUAGCUGCCACCAACAUAUGGAUAGCACAAGAGUGCUGGAAGUAGCGGCACAUCCACCCUUACACCAACAGUCCUCCUGGAAUUCCAGCCAUUCCCACCAACAACCACUCACAGGACAGGCAAGCCAGCCUACUUGAGGCAACAGAGUACCUUGGGAAAGAAACAACCCAGCAUGUGCCGACAAGUCAAACCAACAUGACCACCUUAACCAUCAGCUCCACUUAGACCCCAUAGACACAGCCGAAGACCCUAAAGAUUGAGAAAAGAAAGUUCUUGUCUCCAGAGUCCUCAGCACUGGCAAAUGGUUCAAUAUCAAAAACUGGUAUUUUUAUCAAUGGAAGUGACAUUUAAAAAGAGACAGUACCAUCUGAUUUGUUGUUGGGACCUUUCAGUCAGACUUGCAGCUGAAAACCCACCCAUAUGUGUUAAAUGUAUCCACCAUUAGAGUGUGACCUCCUUGAGAGCAGGAACUGUCUUUUCUCUUUGUAUCCCUAGAGCUUAACACACAGCUUUGCACAUGUAAGUACUUCAUUCAUUCAUACAAAGUCCAAGAAAAGAAAUAAUCCCUGUAAGCAAAUGGAUAGAUGCUAAAUUAAAUACGUUUGAUUUUGAUGACCUACAUUGCCUUGUAGGCAAGGUAGAGUGGUAGGAGCUACCAACAAAAAAAUUAAAAAAUAAAAACCACCAAAUGAUAGUAUCACUUAGUUUUUUAAAUUGCUGACAUGAUAAUUUCAUGGCAAAAUUGUUUAAUAGAACCAAAAAGUUUAGUUGUAAUCCAGAUGAAAGUAAAUAUUUUUUAAAAUAUAUAAUCCAAAAGAGAAAAUAAAUGUGGCCUCAUGCUCAGCUGACUUCAUUAGUUUAACUACGAGAUACUCGGUUGACUCAGCUUUGUAUAAGGCCCUGUACUAGGCAUUGUUGGCAGUUUAGAAAUUUAAGUGGAAAACAAUUGUUACUGUAAAGUUGCUUAAAAAUUGAAUAGAGAUUAAAUAAAUGUAAGACAUCCAAUAACAAAUGUAAGACAACGCUGACCAGUUGUGUCUUCUAUAAGUACUAAUUUCGUUGGGAAAUUUGACCCUGUUUUGUUUGGUCAUAAAAUAUAAUUCCUUGGCAUUUGAGGUCCAGAUUGUCAUAUGGUACAAAGUGUUACAUAGGCCCAGGUUACCUUUUAGAGAUGAUUUUCUUGGCUUGGCCCAUAUCUCAAGUCCUGAGAAAUUCACCUUAUUGAAUAAUUGAAUAAUGAAUAAUGAAAACACACUUGACCCCAUAUAAAAAAUAUAAAAAAAAAACUAGCAAUCUAAGGUUAGGAUGGUAUGAUAGUGCCCUUCACUGCCAGGUCCUACAAUUCCUAAAAGAAGUCUUCAUAGCACUUUUCUCCAUUGCCAGGGAUACUUUUGUGAGAACUGGUUGCCUUUCCCCCUUAUUUGUAUGAUGCAUCCAAGUAAGUUUUAUGAGGGUAGGGGUUCAGUCUUCUCUAAAAUUUGUAUUUCCCACAGGACCUAGUGCACAUUGGUGUUUUUUGACUGAUUAUUGAAUAUGUAAUUUCAGUCAUUCCCAGAAAAGCUCCUCUCACUUGUUCCACUGUCCACUUAUCCUCUCAUCUCAUGUUACACGUGUAGUCCAUGUUUGUUUUUUAAUUACUUGCAUAAUUUUCCAUCUCUUAAGUCAUCAUAACUCUUUUAUACUCACUGGACAGUACUUGUCAGGAUGGCAGAGUGAGAGGAAGCAAAAUAGUCCAUCUCACUACUCUAGCCAGGAUGGAAAAAGAGAAUGAGACAGAAAUGACCAAAAAACCCAAGGAGAAACUACAGUAAGUGCACGUUGCCUGUACAAGCCCACAUAAGCAGACAGAAGCCUGUGGUACUGGGGAUGAGCUCUCGCCAGGGAAUCUUAGGCUAGAGCAUGGUACAUAGGUCUCAAGCAGAAGGGCCAGGAUCUAGGAUGCCUGGAUCCCAUAGCCUGUAUUCUGAUCUCUCUCGGGUCAAAAGCUUGAGGAUUAGGACUAAGGUGACAACUAUUGGGGCACCUCCUGGGUCAGAGCGCCUCUUCACUAUUCAACCAUGUAUUUCUCAUGUAAACUGCCUGACUGCUUAGAGAGCUGUUCAUGGGGUCCUUGAAGAAUCUGGCAGAUUGCCCAGACAAUACAGAUCAGUACCAAAGAAAGCCUCACCAUUCUUUGCAGAAGGGCAAAGCUUAUCCCUGACUCAAAAGGCUCAAUUCAGGAAGUAAGGCUGGAAAAAUGAGUAAAGAUAAGAAAAUAUCAACAAUAAUAUUAUAGAGCCAUAGACAUAAACCCAGAAAAAAAAGGAACUCGUGUAUAAGUGUCAUAAUCACAAGUUUGCUAAAUGCUCUGAGUUCCUGGAAGAAAAAAGUUUUAAAAUGAUAACAUGAAUUUGAGUUCUAGAGAAAGAAUUGGAAGGAUAAAUAAAUGGCUUAGUAUAAGAGGUACGAAACAUACUCAAUUACUGAAAAAUAGGCCCAAAAGACAACAAAUAGUAAAAACCCAAAAUAUUUUUAAUACCAGAAAAUGUCAGGUAUAAUCUUAACAAAACCAUUGACCAGGAAUAUAGGUCAAGGGGAGAUAAUCUGACUACCUAAAAACCUAAAUGACAAAAAAAAAAAAUCCUAAAUGUAUUUAAAGAAAAUAUGAA